GGCUGUGAGGACGUGAGGACUGUGAGACCGUGUGAGACUGUGAGGUUGUAGUUUCAUUACAGCCAUCACAGCUACGGAUAGAUGGAAGCAUGAUAUAUCAGUGACUGUUGUGUUGAAAGUAAAUACCAUGGAGCUACACAUCUGUGUAGCGCUAGAAAUGAGCCAAUGAAUCCGUAUGUGUUUUUCGAUGAUUUCGAGUUAUGUGUUCGCAUGUUUUAUGGUUACGUUGUCAUCGGACUGAAGAGCAAGAUAUGUAAACGUGGGGACAUUUCUGUAACGGAUAGUAUGGUUUAUAUAGUACGUCAAUAGCACAUUUUUACUUUCAGUGGCGUAAUUUCAUGGUGUCCAGUAUCAAUAUGAUUCAUAGUCUCUUUAUAAUUAAUUCAUCCGGUAUGAUCACACAAGAUUAGCGUCAUUCUUCUUUUAAUUAUGGUGUUGGAAAUAUGUGGGUUCUUAAAAUGAAACCCAUUUGGCGAUUUUUGUGGGGAAAGGAGCAGAAACCAUUACAAAUAGUCCCCAUGGGUAUGAAGCAGACAUCCCAUUGAAGAAAAACCUGCUGAAUCCCCUCAACAAAGUACUUCAGGGCUGCUGCUGUAACCACUGCACUACAUUGUGGGACGUGGACCCAUUACUAGGGAUGUGUUCAUGGAGAAACACUGGAAGAGUGUUGUAUCACGUUCAGUAUGCGACUAUUUCUUUGAUCAGCAAAGAAAAGUUGGAAACCCUGAAGAUAUGCCACCUGUUAUUGCAACCCCACAUCAUUAUCUGAUUAGUAUCCAUCGAUGCUGCAUGUUUUUUGUUGCUGUUUGUAUGACAGAAGUUCCUCCAUUGUUUGUCAGUGAGUUUCUUCAUCGAGUAGUGGAUACGUUUGAAGACUACUUCAGUGAGUGUACAGAGUCCAUUAUUAAAGAGCACUAUGUUGUAGUUUAUGAGCUCCUUGAUGAAAUGUUAGACAAUGGAUUUCCACUGGCUACAGAAUCCAACAUUCUGAAGGAACUGAUCAAGCCACCAAAUAUCUUGAGAACAAUAGCUAAUACUGUUACAGGAAAAUCCAAUGUUAGUGCCACACUACCAAGUGGCCAGUUGUCCAAUGUGCCAUGGCGCCGGACUGGUGUAAAAUACACUAAUAAUGAAGCAUACUUUGAUGUGGUAGAAGAAGUGGAUGCUAUCAUUGAUAAAGCUGGAUCUACAGUCUUUGCUGAAAUACAGGGAUAUAUUGAUUGUUGCAUCAAGCUGAGUGGCAUGCCGGAUCUGACAUUGUCCUUCAUGAACCCACGAUUAUUUGAUGAUGUCAGUUUUCAUCCCUGUGUUCGUUUCAAGAGGUGGGAGUCUGAGAGGAUCCUGUCUUUCAUUCCACCUGAUGGAAACUUCCGGUUAAUGUCAUAUCAUAUUGGAUCACAAAAUAUUGUGGCCAUUCCAAUAUAUGUGCGACAUAACAUAUCCUUCCGUGAAGCCGGUGGUGGUCGACUUGACAUUACUGUUGGACCAAAGCAGACCAUAGGUAGAACAGUUGAAUCUGUGAUGAUUGAGAUACCUAUGCCAAAAGCAGUCCUAAAUUGCAGCCUGGUACCAAAUCAAGGAAAAUACUCAUUUGAUCCUGUGAGCAAAGUCCUGAUAUGGGAUGUUGGGCGUAUUGACACAGCAAAGUUGCCCAGUCUGCGUGGCACGAUCAACCUGCAGUCUGGUACUACUGCUGUGGAGUCGAAUCCAGCAAUCAAUGUUCAGUUCACCAUCAGCCAGCUAGCUGUAUCAGGAUUGAAGGUGAAUCGACUUGAUAUGUAUGGUGAGAAGUACAAGCCAUUUAAGGGUGUCAAGUAUAUAACAAAAGCUGGUCGUUUCCAGAUCAGAAUGUGAAUUUUGGGUCAUGCAUUUAA